CCUGUGGUGAACUCCUGCUCUGACUCGAGUCAGUCUGUGGUGUAACGGACAGAAAGUGAGACGCUGCCGAGACCGACGCACGCUGACUGACUGUUACUAAAUCUGAUCACAUGACCGCCAUGGAGGACAUCAUGACGGCGUUCACCACAGAGGACCCGUCCUCCAUCAGUGCCUCGGCCACCACCGAGGAAGAAAACUACGACUACGCCGGAGACCUGUUCUGUGACCGGGAGUCGGUGCGAGCAUUCAGGGGCCGUUACGAGCCGCCGCUCUUCUGGAUCAUCGCCGUGGUGGGCGGUGCCGGCAACAUGGCCGUCGUCUGGAUCUACCUGAACUUCCGUCGGCGUCUGAAAACCAAAACAGACGUGUACCUGCUGAACCUAGCGCUGGCAGACCUGCUGUUCCUCGUCACGCUGCCGCUGUGGGCCGUGGAGGCAGCGGGCGGCGCCUGGAUCUUCGGCCCCGCCCUCUGCAAGAUCAACUCCGCCCUCUACAAGGUCAACCUGUUCAGCGGCGCCCUGCUGCUCACGUGCAUCAGCGCCGACCGUUAUGUGGUCAUCGUGCGCUCGGCCAAGGCGCAGAACUCGCAGGCGGAGCGUCGGCGCCGCAGCCGGCUGGCGGUCGCUAGCGUGUGGCUGCUCGCUCUGCUGCUCGCCACGCCGGAGCUCGUGUUCGCCACCGUGGCAGACACGGGCUCGUCCUGCAGGAUGGUGUUCCCGCCACACCUCGGGAACCAAACCAAGAUCCUGGUCCGGGCGCUGCAGGUGAUCUUCGGCUUCUGCGUGCCGUUUGCCGUCAUGGCGUUCUGCUACAGCGUCAUCGUGGCCACGCUGCUGAAGACCCGAAGCUUCCAGAAGCACCGAGCAAUGCGCGUCAUCCUGGCCGUGGUGGUGGCGUUCGUGACGACCCAGCUGCCGUACAACGCCGUGCUGGCGGUGCAGGCGACGCAGGUGUCCAACGGGACCAUGGCGUGCGAGGAGAUGAAGCGCUUUGACAUGGCGGGCCAGGUGCUGAAGAGUCUGGCCUACCUGCAUGCCUGCCUCAACCCCUUCCUGUACGCCUUCGUGGGACGCCGUUUCCGCCAUGACAUCCUGCAGCUGCUGAGCGUCUGCCAUCGCCGUCGGGCUCCGUCCAAUCAGAGCAAGAGCUGCCGCAGCUCCACCAGAGCCUCGGUGAUGUCAGACAGCGAAACCUCGCAGGCGCUCUCGCUGUAGAGACGCACGCCGUUUGGGCCGUCAACGGGACAUUAACUAGAGUUUCUCCAGGACAUUUUCCUAAACUUUCUCAGGACAUUUCUCAGGACUUUUGUGAAGAUUUUUCCAGUGACACCUCGCAGGCGCUCUCGCUCUAGAGACGCACGCUAACGCCACUUCCGGUUUGCGCUGGCAACGGGACAUUGACUAGAGUUUCCCAAACUUUCUCAGGUGUUUCCUGGACGUUGAAUGUGAAUGUAACUGUAGCUGCUGUUGUUGGAGACAUGAUUUCUCUCCCAGCUGCUGGUUGUUUAAUGUGAAUAUUUUGAGAAACAUGUUGGAAACGUGGCUGCUGCUAACAGAUGCUAACAGCUGCUAACAGAUGGUGGCUGCUGCUAACAGAUGCUAACAGCUGCUAACAUAUGCCAACAGAUGCUAACAUAUGCCAACAGAUGCUAAAUAUGCCAACAGCUGCUAACAGAUGCUAACAGCUGUAAAUAUCAGUGUCUGUGUGUGUUUUUGUGUUGAAACAUUAAAGCAUGUGAAGGACA